AUCACAGUUCCUCAAUAACAACGAUUCUAAACAGAACACGGGCCCACAAAAGGCGUUAAUUAGGUAAAAAGAAAAAAAAUUCCAAGACUGUGAAAUUUCGCAAACAAUAUUUACAAUGGCCAAGCUCUUGAUAACAUUUCUAUGCGCAGCUGUCCUAAUUUGUGUAUUUACACCAAACCAAGCAGCUCCAGCUGAGAGCUUGCAAGCCGAUGCAGAGGUCGAUGACCUUUCCACUGCCGACAGCGUGGGUAUUGGAUACUAUAGCCCAUAUGGCUCUUAUCCUUAUUACGGUGGUGGGGGUGGGUAUAAAUACGGAGGAUACGGAGGCGGCUAUGGAUACGGAGGCGGAUACGGAUAUGGCGGCUAUCGUGGAUACGGACGCUACUAUCGCCGUCCAAUCUAUCCAGUUUGGGGCUAAAAAUAAAAG